AUGAACGAAAAGCAUAAACUCAAACACCCAAAAUGGAUCGUCUUCGGCGGAUCGUAUGCUGGUUCUCUGGCCCUUUGGGCUCGACAGAAAUAUCCGGAACUGAUUGCUGGAGCCGUUGGCAGUUCACCACUACUACAACCGAGGGUAGACUUUUGGAAUCCACACAAUUCGUUGAAAACGUAUACCGUUCAUAUAGCGAAAAAUGUGCCGAGAAAUAUUCGAAUUGGAUUCGCGCAGAUGAUCGACAUGCUGGGCUCCAAAAUCGGGCGCGACCAGUUAUCCGAAUUAUUCAAGUUAGCAAACAUUUCUAUUCAAUAA